AAUAUUAGUUGAGUAUUGUCGGACGGACUUUAUGUGAAAAGAGAAGGGGGGAGGGAGUUUCCACCUUCGUGCUUCUCGAUAUUAGUAGUCGGAUAUUUUCUUUUUAUAAUAACUGUGAAAAAUUACCACAGAUAACAAAGAAUAUACAAAGAAAGAACACCUAGCACAAACAAGGGCAGAUCAUUAGGCCUCAAGAAAAUCAAUACAUCACAGCAUCACCACUAUCAACAGAUUUUAUGAAUUAAAUUCCUAUACUUAUAAAUUCUCUUUCAAUCUUUCAUGCCUCCCAAACUAUUCCUCACAUCCUUCCGGAUCUGUUCCGUAACAAAACGACUGCUAACAGUGGUAUUUCUAUACAAUUUUCAGUUCCUGACUUGUCAAAGAUUAUAAAUCAUGGCACCCCAUAAGGCAGUUACUAGCUCCUUCUUGAUCUUUGGCCAAUGCUUCCUCUGUAUCCAAUUCAUGUGUGGUUUAACGCCUAACUGUUGUAAAGGCAGGCCUGACCAAGUGCACAGAUUUUUUCUUACCUCGACUGUCCAGGAUAGUAGUUUUGUCAUCAUAGAUCUUCCUAAGAAGUUCCCGCAUGUUGCGUGUUGUGUGGAGUCUUCAUUGUUGCAUAUGCGGAGUAUCUUAGCUAUGAAAAAGAUAUACCACCUGAAUAUUUUGAUGCAGAAGCUUUUCGUACCCGUUAUGCUGCUCUUCUAUGACAACAUGGGACUCAGAAGAAUGAGAUUGGCGCAGUUAGUGAUGAUGAGAGUCCGGAUAGGCUAGUGAGGCCUCAGUUUGAAUGUGAGAGUAGUGACAUGAUAAUUAUCCCUUAGACAAUACAUAUGUUCCUCCAUUUUGUUGGUUUUAGUUGAAAAUACAAACUGAUCUUCAAUCCUUUUUUAUUUAAUUCUAAUAUCAAAUAUAAUAUUUCAUUUUGUUGAAAAUUGUCUGGUGACGUAUUUCUUUCAAUGCUAAACUAGUUUUUAUUAUAAGUGUGUUGUCUAAAGAAUACUAAUAAUACACAUAAUAAUGUGUAUGUAGUAGGCAAUUGAAUAUGUCUCAUAAAUAAGCCAUGUAAUACGUAUUUAUAAUAGU